AUGGAUGAGGUAGUACGGCUCAAAUCUAGAUUUGUGUCGUCCAGGCCUGGCGAGGAUUCAUCUACUGCACCCACGGGGCCCGAUGCUUCCGCUGCGAGACUUGUUGAGGGAAUCCUCAGGCGCAAAUCCUUUUACUUUCAGCAGAGAACCGGCAAACUGGACAUGCGCGCAAUCGGCCGGGUGGACAUAGCAAGCGUGGUCAAAGACGUGGACGUUGAUACACUGCAGGCCCAUUUGGAGAAUAUCACUUUCGCAAGCGUUUCGGAGGAUGACCUGCGGCUAUACUCCGAUCAGUGCUUCCUCAACCUCUUCCGGCUCAGCCAGCUGCUGCUCGAAUAUUUGCUCAGUGUCCAGGACACACUCGCCACGAGUCUUGAGGACCGUGCUCUCAAGCGAGAAAUUCGCCAGAAGCGGGCCACCAUCGCCCGGUAUGAGCAACUCCUUGCCUUACCCGCACCGCCAUCCGGCCGAGACGUCCCGGGAGGCAACGGCGGAGGCUUGCACUCGUGCCUCACAUGCGGGAAGAUGUUCACCACUGCCGAGUUCUUACAGCAACACAUCGCCAGGAAGCAUGCUCGGCACGCCGGUAGCUCUGCAGACACGAAAGUCGAUCAAGAGGAGAAAACGGCGUAUCCAACGCAGCUGAGGCUGUUCGUGCAGACUCUGAGAGAGUGCAGCAUCCCACCAGAGAGCCAGCUGGUACUUAUCGACACGGAGUCCACAGUAGAGGCAGAGAACAAAAGAACGGCAGGAGAAGAGGACAACGGAAAAGCUGCCGCCGUUGCUGCUCAAGAAUCAGCCGCAGCGAAGCAAAUGGCGACCCUCGUGGACCUCAUGCGACAGCAAAUGGAGUGGAACAUGAGGAGUGAGAGCGGCAGGCGGGAGAAGGAUCUAGGGUCGGCCGAAGCCCUAGAGACGAGAAUGAGAGGGAUAGAGGCGUCGCUACCUCGGCGGCUGGAGGAGUUCAUGGAAGAGAGCGUCGGCGACCUCAAGGCCUCAGUACGCCAGGCUCUAGACGGUAUGGAGGAACUGCAUGCGAAACGGUCGAAUGCUGGGGCGAUUCAAGAUGAUGAGGACGAGACGAGGAGAAAGGAGCAACAGGAGAAGUUGCGUCUGGCCUCGCUGUCGGCGGAUAUGGAACGCGUUUCCAAAGAGAAUUCAGCCUUACUGCAGGAGUUGGCCAAGCUCAAGGCCCCACAAGCAGCGGCAAGCCCUACCAGCGCAAGCACUGUCCAAACCCCAGCGGCUGUGGUCGUGGUGAAAGAGGAAUCAUCUCGACCUGAGGUGGACGGACUGGUCGAAUUCUACGAGCAGAAUGUGCCAAUUCAAGCUAAGGAGUCUUCGGUGGUGGGACAGUCUAUGGCCGAGAUCGAUUUGGCUGCCAAACGGCACGUCAAAGUCGGCCAGAAGGGGAAGGGGGGCGACGGAGCUUUACUGGGACAAUGGGGAGAUCAUGGCGAAGACGGCAAUGACCACGCCGAAAAGCAGGUCGAAAGCAUCCGCGCACAGCUCUCGGCAACCCUGACCUCCGAACGCUUCCCGGCCAACAACACCGACCUCUCCAAGAGCGUCAGCAUCAGCCGCACCGCCCCUGGCCUGGGUCUCACCGCCAGCAGCACCCCCAAGGGCGGCACCGAUGGCCUUGAAGAAGACGAUAUAUUUGGCGAUACCGAGGGGGAGGACCACCUGUCACUUGCGGAGCUCGAGAGGACAGUGGAGGAGAGGAAACGGUUGCGACCACCUGGAAUGGAGCGUCAGAUGGAAAGCGUGUCAAAGUCCAUGGAAAAACAACUCAACCAACUUCUGGAGAAGGCGGAGGAAGAGCUGCAGCAGCUAGAGGAAGACAGCCUCGGGUACGGCCCUUUGGAAACGAAGAAAAACUCAAUCAAGAUCCACCGAGAUGCACCCAUGCGACCAGUCCAUAGUCGCGAUCUGCAUUUGAUGGUGGUGACCGCGAUGAUCGUCUGUGAAUCCUUAGACACGUGUUGGUUCUUUAGGCGCGUGGAACCAGUCCAUAGUCGCGAUCUGCGCUUGAUGGUGGUAACUGCGAUGAUCGUCUGUGAAUCCUUAAAUGCUUUCUGGUUCUUUAUGCGCGGGUACGAGGUGUAG